AGUCCGCGACAACGCGAGGAGCCGAAUCCUCCGGAUUGAGUGGGAGGCGGCUGUCGACAUCUACUGGAGAUGGGGGAAAGUGGCGGAUGCAUUAAGUCUACAGAAGACGUUGGCCGCUAUCCCUAUGGACGAACACGUGUUGAAUGCUCAACUCGUUCUGUUCAAGCGGUUGAAGUCGAAACGACCUGAAAAAGCAGUAGCCAUGAUGAAGACGCUCCUGGAACACACAAUCGGGCGUUGCUGGCUACAGAUUGCUCGGGUGUAUCCCGGCUGGGACGAUGCUUGGGAUUGGCUAGACGAGGCUGUCCAUGACGGCCAAUUACCAGAGAAAGGGCCGACUGGCGCAAUCGACGCGGAGCGAACGCAGAGAGAUCAGAAAUUGGCUCACUUCAGAGUGCUUCUUGGUCCCUCGGCAGCGGUUGAAGACGAAAAGAUAGUGACAUCGCUCGCUGGACAGAAACGUGCCAGGGAAGAAGAGAAGAGGUCUUCCGGAUGGGGCUUAGCGCGCGACGUGCAACGAUGUUUGAAAGAACUGGAUGCCGCUUCGGAGGACGUCCAAGAUGAUGUUGGUGCCGUGGCUUUAGCAAAGGCUGCUCUUCGAAGCGACCAUCUGUCCGGCGUUGACGGUGUUUUCAACGCACUGCACGAUAGUACAUCCGAGAUACUUGUUCGUGCCGGAUUACACGCAUUGAGAGACGUCCUUAGGGGCAAAUGGAACACCAAACACGACUAUACUGCCUCUAUUGAUGGCGAACGACCAGCAAAGAAAGCUCGUAUUGAAGCGACACACGUCGCUCGUACUGAAGUGACACACGCCCGUGCGGACCCGAAGCCAUGACGGCCUCUGCCUCCUCGCUAGAGCAACAGCGUGCAA